AUGAGCAGAGUAAGUCUACCAAAUAGAGUAGGAACGCCUUCGCAUCGUCAAAGUUUCAUCCCUUCCACUACUUUCAAUAACAAUGUCGCUACCUCUGCAUCUACCUCUGCCGCUGCCUCAUCACGUCAAUUACGACGGAAAACAUUCCCAUUACUAGACACACGAGAGAUCACAGCUUGCCUACAAGAAUAUGAAUUUGACGUGACAUUAGAACAAAUAAAUCGGCCAACAAGCUCAUUCAUAACUGGAUUGUGCAAGACAUUUGUUGAAAUUUUUAUGGCUAUUGAUGAUUUGGACUCUGUUGCCAAACAAAUUAUAUCUCGAAAUCUAAAACAACAACAACAACAACAACAAGAUGAAGAAGAAGGUGGAGCAGAGCAGCAGCAACGACAAAAUUAUAAGAACCAAAGUGAAAUCAACGGUAAUGGUGUUGCAUAUGAGCUCAAUGGAAACGGAAUUAGCGAGCCCGAAGUUGAACUAACCCCGCUGUCUCGAUUCAUUAUUCUUUUCAAGUUCUCCAAGAGAUUCUUUCACAAUAUUAACGUGUCCGAUUUUACCAUCUCGGACCUUUCUAAGCCUGAUCCUUUCCGAAUAAGAAGAUUGUUGAGUGCAGUGGUGAACUAUAUAAGAUUUAGAGAGACAAACUCGCAAAUCUUUGAUUCGAUGGCGGCUGAAGCCGAACAGAAAACACAAGCUGUGAAACAACAACAAGCUGAUAUACAAAUCCUUCAUGACCAAAUCAAAGAUCUUGAUUUGAAAAUCAAGUUUGAAAAUGAUGGCAAGAGCAACGUUCCACGAACUGAUAUCCAACAUGCCCACAACUACAACAAAAAACUAGAAACAAAACUCAGACAUCUCAAGGCUGAGCAAGAGAAAUUAACGAGACAACAUGAUGAAUACAAGACUGAAAAAAGUAGUAUGGCUAAUAAGUUACAUGAUUUAUCAUUUCUAUGUGAUGAAGUUCAAGGAGAGAUUGAAAAUUUGAAAGCUUACCAAAAUACCGAUAUUGAAGUGCUUCAGAAAAUUACCAAUGAUUUAAAGGAAGAAGCAGAGACAAGAAAUGCAGAGUGUAAGAGAUUUGAACAACAGUAUCAGAACUUGGGCAAGACGAUCGACUCUAUUCAAGUGAAUAAGGUCAAAAUGAGAGAAAUAUUGAAACUUAGUGAGGAAUUGAAACGAACUUUGCAACAGCAGGAGUCGGAGCUGGUCCAACUUUCCAAGAAGAGGGACCAAUUGCUACAACUUCAAGCCGAGUCCGAGGACCUUGCUAAUCAGAUCUUGAUAUGUCAAAAGCAAUUGGAAAAGACUUCAAAGAAAUACACAGAUUUAACAACACAGCAAGAAAAGAAACAGGUUGCGCUACAAGCAAAACUAGAUGAGGCAAAAGAAAAACUCAAAGAGAUGUUUGCUUCACAAUCCGAACAACGUGACUCCCACCAGAUGAAGAUUGAUGAAAUUAGCCAGAUUUCAAAGGAGACUGAUUUAAUGAAUGAAGCAUUUGAGAAAGAAAUGAAAGCAAGUGAAGUGAAAUUGAAUCAAUUAAACUCGGCAUUGAAAUAUUACAUGAAUGAGUUAAAUGAAAAAUUAACUAUUUGA